ACUUGCUGCAUCGUGCUUGGCUGUCCGGAAUCAGGAAGUGCAGGUUUCCUUCCAGUUGUGCCUCCUUGUGGAUCCCCCUUGGGACAAAUGUUCAGAAUGCAAUAGUAGAAUAUAGGAGGGCUUCCUGGUGUCUUAUUGCGAAAGAUGGAAUUUGGCCAGAUGAGCUUGUCAGACGAGAAGAAUUCAAGAAUGGAACCUUUGGCUUCUUUUGAAGUACUGGUGGCUGGUGUGAAUGAAUGGGAUUUCACCGGUGGUUUUGUUCCCUGUGAGCUUCUGCUGACUGGAGAAGCUGCUUUUCCUGUGCUGGUGAGCCCCAAGAAGCAGGUGCUGAUUGCUGCUUCCCGGUAUGGGAUGGGCCGGAUGGUGGUUGUGUCACAUGAAGGGAUCCUGAAGAACCCCAAAUUCUCCCAGUUCAUUAAAAAUGCCCUAGAGUGGCUCAAACCUUCCACAGGAGCACAGGUUGGUGUCCAUAAGAGUCUGGAUUCCUUCUCUCAGAUGCUCCUCAGGGACGGGAUUCAGUUACAACCAGGUGUGGAGCCUGCUGCAUCUUUAGGAGUCUAUUGUACAGAUGCCUACAAUGACACUCAUGCCAACAACCUGGUUCAGUUUGUCAAGGAUGGUGGAGGGCUCCUCAUUGGAGGGCAGGCUUGGUACUGGGCAAGUCAACAUGGAACAGAGAAGACGCUUUUCAAGUUCCCUGGGAACCGGGUGAGCAGUGUGGCCGGCAUAUAUUUCACAGGAAAAACAGGAGAGAAUGGAAUCUUCAAAGUGUCAAGGAAAAUUCAGAAGAUUCCCUUGACUGUACCGCAUGGACUUGAUUUCAGCCAUGAAGCUGCAUCCCUUCUUGAUGGUGUUCAGGAGAUGGACAUAGUGACCGGCGGGAUACCCUCCCCUUUGUUGGUUCAUGGCAUACUGACUUUCCCCCUUGGCUUAGAUAACUCCAACCGCUGCUUCCUUGCAGCUGCAUACUAUGGCCGUGGCCGUUUGGUGGUGGCUUCCCAUGAAGGUCAGCUUUGUGCUCCAAAGCUGUCUGCUUUCUUGCUCAAUGCCAUUCACUGGCUGGAUGCUGGAAGGCAAGGCCUGGUUGGUGUGUCCUCCAACUUGAAAGAGCUGUGCCCAUUGCUCUCCCAGGGAGGGCAGAGACAUCAGGUUUCAGAGCUGACGGAUGAUAUGAGUGUCUAUUGCUGCACAUCCCACAGUGGCAAGGAGCCUGAAAAGGUCCAUAUGUUUGUAGCUGAAGGAGGGGGAUUGUUGAUUGGGGGCCAGGCUUGGUACUGGGCUUCCCAAAAUCCUGGACAGGCAGCUGUUGCUGAAUAUCCAGGCAACAAAAUUCUCAAUGGUUUAGGUAUUAGCAUCCUGGGAAUGAGCAUGGAAGCAGAUAAAUACCCUUCAAUUCUGUCUCGGGUGCCUCCCCAUUAUCACUUCCGUCAAGCCCUCUCCCUCUUCCAGAGGCAGGUGGCGAAGGAAGGUCCACUUCAGGCCCCUUUAGCAGGCUGGAUGGAGAGACUGCAGCAGGAUUGUGCCGCUUUCCUGCGGAUUCCAGCUGCUAAUUGCCCUGUCUACUUCUCCCUCCACCGAAACCUCAUCAAGGUGCUUCGCAAACACGGGGUCCCUUCUGUCAGCAAGAAGUGCCCUGUUCAAAGUAACUCCAAAGAGGCUGUCUUGCUGAGCAUAGCGACCGAACUUUCCCAGACAAUGUCGGACUGCACUGAUCUGAUGGAGAGUCCUUGCUGCUCUCUUCCGCUGUCCACUGAUCCUGUCACUGUGGAAAUUGAUGGCACCAAUCCAGGAGGCAUUGCAUGGCGGAGCACUGGCCUUUACCUGCCUGAUGGAAGAACAGCCCACAUCUCCUUUUCCGGUGCUGUAUCUGGGACUGAUCUGCAGGUACAAAUUGGAUGCCAUUCUGAUGACUUGACUGCUGCAAAGGAGCUGAAACGUGCCCCUGUGGUUGUGCGCAAGUUCCAGGUCUCCAGCCAAAAACAAUCCAUCUCUUGCCUUUGGGGAGGUCUCAUUUACACCUUGGUGCCAGCAGGAAGUCGACUGGGUAGAGUGUCCAUUACCGUCGCAGGAGGAGUGAGAGCUCCUUAUUUCAAACUUGGAGAAACAUGCAAAUGUCAGUGGAAGGCAAGCAUCCGCCAUUACCCUGGUCCCUGGGCAGAAUUAGCCACUGACAACCUCAUCCUGACUGUGCCUUCUGAUAACAUCCGCCAUAUUGAAAACCCAGAGCCUCUACUGAUCCUCUGGGACCAGAUCAUGCAGGCUAUAGCUGAGCUGGCAGCAGCACCUAGAAUAUUCCCAAGGCCUGAAAGAAUUGUAACUGAUGUUCAGAUUUCAGCAGGCUGGAUGCAUGCUGGCUACCCCAUUAUGGGCCAUCUGGACUCAGUGGAGGCGAUGGUGAGUGUGGAACACAUGCGAGCCACUGGUCUGUGGGGUCCUAUCCAUGAACUAGGACAUAACCAGCAGCGGGAAGGCUGGGAAUUCCCCCCUCACACCACAGAGGCCACCUGCAACCUCUGGUCCGUCUAUGUGCAUGAAAAGGUGCUGGGAAUCCCCCGAGAAAAGGCUCACCCCGAACUGAAGCAAGAGUGCCGAAAGGAAAGAGUACGAGCAUACCUGCAGAAAGGGGCUCAGCUGAAGGACUGGAGUGUGUGGACUGCCCUGGAAACCUACCUCCAGCUUCAGGAAGGCUUUGGCUGGGAGCCCUUUAUUCGCCUAUUUUCAGACUACAGACAAAUGCCCAGUGUCCCCAAGGACAACUCUUCCAAGAUGAACCUCUGGGCCCAGAAGUUAUCUCAUGAUGUGAACAAGAAUCUGGCUCCUUUCUUUGAAUCCUGGGGUUGGCCUAUCAAGGAAGACAUCUCCUCAGAACUGGCAUCCUUACCUACCUGGGAACAGAACCCAAUAAAGCAAUACAGACUUGUUGAAAAAUAAAUCCUAAACAGUCCCAGCA